CCCGAGCAGAUGAAAAAUUAAUCCCGCCGUUUGAUUAAAGCAGAUGGGUGGCUUGGUCAGUUCCAACUUUAUCUGCAGCCCGCCAACCUUUCCAAUACGCGCGUUUCGCCAUGACUGUCCCUCCUGGUGAGUUGGUCAUGCUUCAGGAGUUAGCGCAAGAUCCCGUUGCAUUCCAAACCAAAUCCAUACGAGCCACUGGCAUCUUGACCGCUUACAACCCCGACUCAAACCGUGCUGUGCUGGAACAUAAAGGUUAUACGUUGGAGGUGGCUACAGAUCUACUGGAUCCGUUUCCGUACAAAAUAAAGGAUUUACUGCAGUGCAUUGGAGAGCUGGAACUCAUAUCCGAGUCAAAUCAAUUACUAUUGCAUGCCCGCGUUUCAAGAAAAGUCGAUGGUCUUGAUCUUGAUGUAUAUGAAAAAACCAUUCACAUGCGACGAAAAUACCAAGACACGUUUUUAAAAUCUUCAUAAAUUUCCCAAAAAUCGAAAACAAUACAAUAUGUUAUGUAAAAAAAAAAAAAAAGGAAACACAAUUGGAGGGAUUCAGAAGAAGAUGAUCUAUAUAAUUUGGCAAUGCUUGUUUGAUGUGGCAUAAUAUAAUCGCUGAGCACGUACU